GAUCCUGUCAGUUCUUCAACGUUUUUCCCGCUUCACACAUCAUAAAUCCACUACCCAUUUCUCCGGGGCCAGAUAAAAUACUCUUACACGUUCCCCAUUUAAGACCAACACCAAACACACCGCUACUAGUUUACUCCUCUCAAGUAAUUCCUCUAUUUCUCUCUCACCUCAACAAUGGAGUCAACUCUCUCACCUGCUUCUACUCUCCUCACUCUUUCCAAAACCCUAAAAUCAUCGUCAUCUACCUACCCUUCCAUUUUCUCUCUCCUCCAUUGUCGACGCAUCUCCACUUCAAAUCAUCUAUGGACUCGCUCCUUGACCAGCAGAGUUUUCACUCGCCGACUCGCUUCCGCCAUUGAUCUCUCCAAAUCCGCUUCAAUUCAAGGUUUCUGCUCGCCAAUACGCUGUGUUUCGGCCUCAUUUUCGACUGGAGGUGGCGGAGGAUUUGGCGGAGAAAAUGGCGGCGGAGGUGGUGGAGGUGGUGAUGGAUCGGAAGGCGGAGUUCCCAAAGCUGCUGCUACUGCUGCUGCGGAUGAUGUUUCGUCGCUUUCGCCUGACGCUAUUAUACUUGAUGUUACGGGGAUGACCUGCGGAGGAUGUGCUGCUAAAGUGAAGAAAAUACUAGAAACUCAAACUCAGGUGUCUUCUGCAAGUGUCAAUCUUGCGACAGAGACUGCAAUUGUCUGGCCUGUAUCUGAAGCCAAGGAUGUGCCAAACUGGAAACAAGAGUUGGGGGAGAUGCUUGCGAAACAUUUGACUAAUUGCGGUUUUGAGUCUAAUCUUCGAGAUCUUGGAAAGGAGAAUGUAUUUCAAAUUUUUGAGAGGAAAAUGGAUCAAAAGCGAAACAAACUAAGAGAAAGUGGUCGUGAUCUUGCAGUAUCUUGGGCUUUAUGCACAGUGUGUAUGUUUGGUCACCUAUCACAUUUAUUUUGGGCGAAGGCUUCAUGGAUCCAUGUGUUUCACUCCACAGGCUUUCAUUUAUCUAUGUCUCUAUUUACAUUACUUGGACCUGGACGACAGCUAAUCGUUGAUGGUCUGAAGAGUUUCUUCAGAGGUGCCCCCAACAUGAACACCUUAGUUGGCCUUGGGGCUUUAUCAUCAUUUACUGUUAGCACAUUGGCUACUUUAAUCCCAAAACUGGGAUGGAAGGCAUUUUUUGAGGAACCAAUUAUGUUGAUAGCCUUUGUUUUGUUGGGAAGAAAUCUUGAACAAAGGGCUAAGAUAAAAGCUACUAGUGAUUUGACCAGCCUUUUGAGUAUAUUACCCUCAAAGGCUCGUCUCUUAGUCAAUGAUGCUGAAGAUACAGUUUCAACUGUUGAAGUUCCUUGUAGCAAUCUCUCAGUUGGGGACAAAAUUGUGGUGCUGCCAGGGGACCGUGUGCCAGCUGAUGGAAUUGUCAGGGCAGGCAGGAGCACAGUUGACGAAUCAAGUUUUUCUGGGGAGCCUCUGCCAGUGACGAAACUGCCUGGGGCUGAAGUAUCUGCUGGAACUAUAAACUUGAAUGGAACACUUACCAUUGAAGUACAAAAGCCUGGAGGUGAAACGACAAUGGGUAGCAUUGUUCGACUAGUUGAGGAAGCACAAAGUAGGGAAGCUCCUGUCCAGCGUCUAGCAGACAAAGUGGCUGGGCAGUUCACUUAUGGAGUAAUGGCAUUGUCUGCUGCUACAUUUAUGUUUUGGACCCUUUUUGGCUCUCGUAUUUUGCCGUCUGUUUUAUCAGGAGGAAGUUCAGUUUCACUUGCACUUCAGCUCUCUUGCAGUGUACUAGUGGUGGCUUGUCCGUGUGCUCUUGGCCUUGCAACUCCCACUGCUGUGUUGGUAGGAACUUCACUUGGUGCAAAGAGGGGAUUGCUCUUGCGAGGUGGAGAUAUAUUGGAGAAAUUUUCGGAGGCUAAUGUUGUUGUGUUUGACAAGACUGGGACUUUGACCAUUGGCAAACCUGUUGUGACAAAAGUUGUCACUCGUGGUAGUGAGAGAAAUGCGCUGUCAGAUAAUAACUCAUUUCACUUGUCAGAUGCUGAGGUAUUAAAACUAGCUGCUAGUGUUGAAUCAAAUACAAUCCAUCCUGUUGGAAAAGCUAUUGUGGAAGCUGCACAUUCUAUCGGUGUCCAGUCGUUCAAAGCUGCUGAUGGUACCUUCACGGAGGAGCCAGGAUCUGGUGCAGUGGCUACCAUUGGAAAUAGAAGAGUUGCUGUUGGGACAUUAGACUGGCUUCAGAGGCAGGGGGUUGAAGACAAUUCAUUACAAGAGCUAGAGGAGAAAAACAAUAUUCAAUCGGUUGUGUACGUUGGAGUAGAUGGAAAUCUUGCUGGACUUAUCUACAUAGAAGAUCAGAUAAGAGAAGAUGCCAAGAAUGUUGUUCAAUCUUUACGUAACCAAGGUAUAGAUGUCUUCAUGUUAUCUGGAGAUAAAAGACAAACUGCUGAACAUGUUGCCUCAGUUGUUGGUAUCCCCAAGGACAAGGUUUUUUCCGGAGUUAAGCCACAUCAAAAAGAAAAAUUUAUAAGUCAGCUCCAAAAUGAUAAGAAGAUUGUGGCAAUGAUUGGAGAUGGAAUCAAUGAUGCUGCUGCCCUUGCAUCAGCCCAUGUCGGGGUUGCCAUGGGCGGUGGUGUUGGAGCUGCAAGUGAGGUAUCUUCUAUUGUGCUUAUGGGUAACAAGCUUACACAAGUACUUGAUGCCUUGGAGCUCAGCAAACUGACCAUGAAAACCGUAAAGCAAAAUCUUUGGUGGGCAUUUGGAUACAACAUUGUCGGACUCCCUAUUGCUGCAGGAUUGUUGCUUCCUGCUACUGGGGUGAUGCUUACUCCUUCAAUUGCUGGAGCCCUUAUGGGUUUCAGCUCAAUUGGAGUCAUGACGAAUUCAUUGCUUCUCAGAUUGAGAUUUUCAUCAAAGCAGAUAUAUGGCUCUGAAAUUUCUUCUACGACUGCAGAUCAAUCUGCUCUUGAAGUUCUGGUGGAUCCAAAUGAGAAGUCAGAAACUCCUUACUCUAACUCUAGAUUGAAAAAUGCAUCAUGAUCAAGUAAAAGGAAGUUGGUCGCAUGUCUUGUCAAAAUAGAUACCGAGCUUGAAAGACAAUCCAUGUUGGUUUAUCAUGAAGGGAGGCUACCCUAAUCCUAAUGACAUGUCGAUAACGCCUUGCUAUCAUCAACCCUUGGAGUUGUUUUUGAUCUUUGAGGAGCUGAUAGCCUGUCAACUUUCGCUUGCAGUGAACAGAGGUAAUGCAAUUACAUGCAGUGGGAUUUGAUAAGGCUGUGCCCUUUGUUUUUCUCUUUAAUACUUCGUCUUAAGACCAACCUCUGAGGAUUUCAGUUUAUACUCUUCUUUCGCCGCAGUUCGGCUAAAAGAAUUCCACAUUGGAUCAUUUAUGGAGUCAGCAAGCAGAGUGAUUAUUUAUUUGUAACGGUGACUGCAGAUUCUUCUCAUGGAGUUUGCUGUAAAUAUUGACAAAUGGCCCCAGAAAAUGAAUAAAAAGCUCCAAGCGAUAGUAUAAAGUUCUUCAA